GGAGACUCUGGCGAUGAAACUGAGGAGGAUAUUGCAAAGGAAACAUUGAUUUGGAGAGCCAUCAAGUUGCCAAUUUACUCUGUUGCAUUCGUUCCUCUCACUGUAGGUAGUGCAGCAGCGUAUUUGCAGACAGGGAUCUUCUCAGCUAGAUGUUAUUUUGUUCUCUUGGCUUCCUCGGUUCUUGUUAUUACCUGGCUCAAUUUAAGCAAUGAUGUUCAUGAUUUUGAAACUGGAGUUGACAAGAACAAAAAGGAAUCAGUUGUAAACCUGGUCGGUAGUCGUAAAGGAACCUUCAUAGCUGCGUACUUGUGCCUUGCUCUUGGCUUCGCUGGGCUAACUUGGACUGCUGUUGCAGAAAAAAACAUUCGUUCAAUGUUGUUUCUAGUUUGUGCAAUUAUUUGUGGCUAUAUAUAUCAGUGUCCACCAUUUCGGUUAAGCUACCAGGGGCUGGGAGAGCCCUUGUGCUUUGCAGCAUUUGGUCCCUUUGCUACUAAUGCUUUUUAUUUACUACAUGGCGGUGCAAGGUUACUUCAGCUACCUAAUUAG